GAAUGCUUAUUGUACGCUCACAGAUUUCGUUGGAAAAGGGCUCACGCUGUCUAUAAGAGAUUUGGUUUGCGCCGAAUCAUACUUAUAGUUUCACUCUCCGUCGGCCGGAGCAGACGAGAUUUAAGAAAUCAUCGCGCGCAGCACAAAAUUUGCUGACUUCUCUUUUUCACUGCCGAGAUUUAUAUCGUUUGUGAUACAUAUUAUACACAAUUUUUUGUUUUGUUUUCGUGUGUGGUUUUGAUUUCUGCAACAUUUUCUUCUUAUUCUAUCGCAAGGCAAACCAAAACCAAAAGCGAACAAAUUAAUGACACAGAGUAUGAGUGCAGUGCAUGGCUAGUUAGAGUGACAAUUCGGAACAUUCACAGUUUAACUUAUAACUUUUUGAAGGAAGUUUUUUUUUUUUUGAAAUUAUUUUAACGGAGUACAAACCACACGCCCGAUCCAGUGUGGUCGGCCAACAGCAAACAUGGGACUAACAAGACGCAUACAAUUUUCCGUCUUGAUAUCAUUUCUGCUUACAUUAGAUUUAAAUCCCAUUCACACAAGACAGUUCGGAAUUAGACCGAAACGUGAAUAUGGCGACAAUUUGUAUCUACCUUCUACCUUUGUGAUUCCGGGCGGGGAAGGAUCGCCACAAGGUUGGAGCGAAUGGAGUGGCCCAUCAUCAUGCUCACGAACAUGCGGCGGUGGUGUUUCGUAUCAGACGAGAGUCUGUUCAGACGUUGAUGCAAACGGUUCACCACGUUGCGUAGGUGGGAAUAAAAAAUAUUUCUCUUGCAAUACGCAAGAUUGUCCAGAAAAUGAGCCAGAUUUUCGUCAUCAGCAAUGUUCUGAGUUCGAUGAAAAACCAUUCGAAGGUGUUCGUUAUGAAUGGGUACCAUACUUGAAAGCACCAAAUCCAUGCGAAUUGAAUUGUAUGCCGCGCGGUGAACGAUUCUAUUACCGGCAUAAAUCCAAAGUUGUCGAUGGAACACGAUGCAGUGAUGAGUCUAACGAUGUUUGCGUUGAUGGUCAAUGCCAACCGGUUGGCUGUGAUUUGAUGUUGGGGUCAACCGCUCGUGAAGAUAAAUGCAGAAAAUGUGCCGGUGAUGGAACGUCAUGCAAAACAGUCGAAGGAACAUUGACUAUGGAUGACUUGCAAAAUGGCUACAAUGACAUUUUGUUGAUUCCAUCGGGUGCGACAAAUAUUCAAAUCAAGGAAAAGGCUCCAUCAAAUAAUUACUUGGCUAUUCGUAACGCAUCGAACCAUUACUACUUGAAUGGAAACUGGAGAAUUGAUUUUCCACGUCCAUUAACAUUUGCCGGUUCGAUUUGGCAUUAUGAUCGCCGUCCACAAGGAUUCGCAGCUCCAGAUCAGAUUACUUGCCUUGGACCAACAUCGGAAAAUGUUUAUUUGGUUCUAUUGUCACAAGAUCGUAACGUUGGUGUUCACUAUGAAUACAGUGUGCCUGAAGCAGCUGCCCAUUUGACUGAACCAGAUAUAUACAUUUGGACUUUCUCACCAUACGGUGAUUGCUCGGCAAAGUGCGGAAGUGGCGUUCAAACGAGAAGAAUCACGUGUAACAGCCAAACAUCAUUAAAACAGGUUGACGAUAGCUUAUGUAGCAGCGUUGAAAGACCAGCUGAAACACAACGAUGCGGAGAAGAAACAUGCCCUCCUCAAUGGAUAGAAAGCGAAUGGAGCAAAUGUUCAGCACCAUGCGGAAGCAACGGUACACAAACCAGAGAAGUCAAAUGCGAAGAAAUUUUAUCGAAUGGAGAACACAAAUCACUCGAUGACGCUCAGUGUUUGCAAAGAGCCGGCAAUAAACCAGCUACCGAAAAACAAUGUAAUGUCGGAAAGAUUUGCCCACAAUGGCACAUUGGAUCAUGGAAAGGGUGCAGCAAAUUGUGCGGUGAAGGUGUUCAAACCAGAGCUAUCAAAUGCUAUCGCAAAAACGAAGGGAAAAUUGAAGUAUUAAAUGAGGCCGAUUGUCCUGAACCGAAACCAGAAACAUCACAGAAAUGUACUUUGCGACCAUGCGAAGGUGUCGAUUGGAUCACAUCACAAUGGAGCGGGUGCAAAACUUGUGGUUUAACGCAAGAAACACGAACAGCAUUCUGUGCAUCGAAAUCGGGAAAAGUUUACAAUGAAACAUUCUGUGCGAAUCGUCAAAAGCCUGAACUUAGUCGACCAUGUAAUCAAACAACCGAAUGCGAAUAUCAAUGGUUCUCAUCACAAUGGAGUAAAUGUUCGGUGGAUUGUGGUAAAGGCGUUCAAACACGAAAUGUUGUUUGUGGAAAACUUGAUGAAAGUGCAGUGAAACUGGCCGAUGACGAAUCAAAAUGUGAAGCCAAAGAAAAGCCAGAAAAUUCAAAGGACUGUGAUACCGGCAAAAAAUGCGAAGGUCAAUGGUUCAAUGGUCCAUGGAGCGAUUGUACAAAGAAAUGCGGUGGUGGCAAGAGAACACGUAAGGUGCUUUGCAUUGCCGAUGGAAAUGCCGUUAAACCAGCAAAAUGUGGAGAAGACACAAUUGCAUUCUCAUCAGAAGAUUGCAACAAAGAACCAUGCGUUGAGGACGAAUUAUUGCCAAUUGAUACAACAGCCAAACCGAUUGAAGAAGAUGACGAAGGUGAAGAAUGGUGUGAUGAAGACGAGGAAACAACCGAAAUUGAAAUUAUUGAAUCAACCGAUGAUAGCUCUAAAUCAACAUUCGAAUCAACGACCGAACUUGAAUCGUCGUCUGCAUCAUCAUUGAGCACAGAAGAGUUGAUGCAAAGUGACUCAACAUUCCCGACUGAUGACGCAAGCGAUGAUACAGUUCUGUUCUCAUCGACAUACGAAGGUUCGGGCGAUGACGGCAGCGGUUCAACUGAAGUUCCGAGCUCAACGGACUCAUCCAGCGAUGGAUCUUCAGUAUCAGAAGGAUCAACUGAAUCUGGCACUGAAUCAACAUCCGAAAGCUCUUCAUCGACUGAAGAAGAAACCAGUGAGGCAUCAAGCACAGAAGGAUUGUCGAGUUCAGUGGCUGCAUCAGAUAGUACAAGUGAAGAGUCCAGUUCAACAAGUGAAUCAACUAGUGAACUAUCGUCCAGCUCAUCAGAGUCGAGCAGCGAAUCUACAAGCCCCGAAUCAACAGAAACCACCGACACAACUGAAUCGAGCACCGAAUUUUCGACUGAAUCUAGCAGCGAUUCAUCCAGUUUAGACACUUCCUCCAGUACUGAAGCAUCAACUGAAAGUAGUUCGUCGAGCGAAGCCAGCUCAAGUACGGAGAGCGAGAGUAGUUCAUCUUCUGGUAGCACAGAAAGCAGUGAUACAACCGAAAGUGGUGAAUCUACCGAGAGCACCAGUGAAUUUAGCACUGAUUCAUCGAGCUCUGAAUCAUCAGAAGGAUCCACCGAGUUCAGUUCAUCAAGUGAAACAUCAACCAUGGAAAGCAGCGAAGCCACCGAAAGUACCGAAUCCACAUCGGAAUUCUCAACCGAAUCUUCAUCAUUUGAAUCAUCCGAAUCGACAUCUGAAAGCGAAAGCACCAGUGAAUUUAGCUCAUCAUCGACGGAAGAGGAUAUUUGGGGAUCGACACCGUACACAUUGGAAAGUAUCAUUACAAAGGAACAGACACCACGCAAAUGCAAACCAAGACCACAGAAACCAUCGGCUUGUCUCACAAGUAAAUUUGGAUGCUGUCCAGAUAACACGACAGCAGCAAAGGGACCAUUCGACGACGGCUGUGCCGUACCAGAAACUUGCAAAGACACCAAAUACGGAUGUUGUGAGGAUGGUGUUUCACCAGCUAAAGGCAAAAAGAAUAAGGGCUGUCCGGAACCAUUGUGUACAAGCAGUUUGUUCGGUUGCUGUGCAUCGGACGGUAAAACCGAAGCACAGGGAUCUAAUCAAGAAGAAUGCCCAAUCAUUACAACGACUACCACAACGACGACUACAACAACACCUAAACCACAGAAAUCCGACCAAAAAGACAAAGACAAACCAAAGGAAGCGCAAGCUGAUAGCACUACUACAACUACAGCCAAACCAGGAUGUACAACGGCUGAUUGUGCUCCAUGUGAAAAAGAACCAUUUGGCUGUUGCCAAGAUAAAACUACACCAGCUCACGGUCCAAAUGGUGAGGGAUGCUGUCUCAAUUCACCAUACGGUUGCUGUCCCGAUAAUUACAAUCCAGCCAGAGGGCCAAACCUUGAAGAAUGCGAUUGCCAAUACUCACCGUACGGAUGUUGUCCAGAUAACAAAACAGCGGCACGAGGCUAUGAUAAUGCUGGAUGCGGUUGCGAAUACGAGAAAUACGGUUGUUGCCCAGACAAAAUUACUCCAGCUCAAGGACCUAAAUUCGACGGUUGCGCUUGCCAUACAUACCAAUUUGGAUGUUGUCCGGACGGAGUUACUAUUCAACAAGGACCUCAUGGCUAUGGUUGUCAUUGUACACAAACGAAAUUCAAAUGCUGUUCAGAUGGAGUUACAGCAGCCACAGGCGAGAACUUUGAAGGAUGUACAUGUGCUACUAGCAAAUAUGGAUGUUGCCCCGAUGGCGUCACCGAUGCACAAGGACCACAAUUUGAUGGAUGCAUGGAUAUUCCAUCAUCACCACAGAAAGCCUGUAGCGUUAGCAAGGACGGCGGCACUUGCAGCAAUUACACCGUUAAAUACUUCUUCGAUAUGGAAUAUGGAGGCUGUUCACGAUUUUGGUACAGCGGAUGCGGUGGCAAUGAAAAUCGAUUUGAGACAAUUGAAGAAUGUAAGGGCACAUGUGAACAGCCAAGUGGCAAAGAUGCUUGCAAAGUUCCAAAGAUUCACGGCCCAUGUACUGGAUACUAUCAGAAAUACUACUAUGAUUCAGACCGUAAUACUUGUUCGCAAUUCAUUUAUGGUGGCUGCUUGGGCAACACUAAUAGAUUCGAAACGUUGGAAGAGUGCCAGGGUCAAUGUGUUGUAGACGAAAACUUGCCUGCUUGUGAACAACCACUCGAAGAAGGCCCUUGCAGUGGUAACUACGAACGCUGGUACUUUGACAAAGAAGAGGAUACAUGCAAACCAUUCCGAUAUGGUGGAUGCAAAGGAACUAAGAAUAAUUUCGCAACUGAAGCAGCUUGUAAAUAUCAAUGCAAGAACCCGUCAGUACAAAAAGCAACAUGCGCCUUGCCUAAAGUCACUGGUGCUUGCGAAGCUAAGAAAGCUCGUUGGCACUUCUCACAAGGCGAUAACAAAUGCAUGCCUUUCUAUUAUACUGGUUGUGAUGGAAAUAAGAAUAGUUAUGUAACAUUAGAAGAUUGUGAGACGCAAUGUCCUCGUAACAUAACUAAAGAUGCUUGCUUCAAAGCCGCUGAAACUGGAAAUUGCCAAAACUAUGAAGCCCGUUGGUACUUCGACACGAAAGAGGAACGAUGCAGACAGUUUUAUUACGGAGGAUGCGGUGGUAAUGAUAAUAACUUUGUCAGCGAAGAAGCUUGCCUUGGCCGAUGCGAACGAAAACAAGUGCCGCCAACGCCACCACAACAGCCACAGCCACAGCCACAGCCAGAGCCACAGCCACCAGCGGAAGGUGAAUUGGAACCGUUCAGACAAGAGCACUGCUUAUUACAAUCAGAUAGCGGACCAUGCCGAGCUCUUCAACCAAGAUACUUCUAUGACAGCCAAACCGGUGUUUGUGACGUUUUCGGGUACGGAGGUUGUGGCGGUAAUCAAAAUAACUUCCAAUCGCUUGAGGAUUGUGAGAAUCGCUGUGGAAAUGUACAAAACUUGUGCGGCUUGCCAGCGGUUCGUGGGCGCUGUCAAGAAAACGUUACACGUUACUUUUAUGAAAGCCGCAACGAUGAGUGCAUUGCAUUCGAAUACAGUGGAUGUCGUGGAAACAAGAACAAUUUCUACUCAGUUCGAGAAUGCGAGGAUCAAUGUAAACGUGAACGAGGAUCAAAGCAACAGCCCGAACAAGAGCAACGACCAGAUCUUGAAGGCCGAUUCAAUCAACCGACACGAGAGGAACUUUGUCAAGCAGCAGCCGAACAAUGCAACACAUUGCGAUGCCCGUACGGCAUUUCCAAGACAUACGAUGAAAAUGGAUGCGAGCGGUGCGAGUGUGAGAACCCAUGCCGCGGCUACUUGUGUCCAGAUGAUUCAAAGUGUGCCGUUGAUUUCUCACAAUACGAUUCUUCAUUUGCACCAGUUUGCCGUAAAAUAAACAAACCAGGUGAUUGCCCGUCAUUACAAAAUAGCACACAAUGUGAAUUGGAAUGCUAUAGUGAUGCUGAUUGCCGUGGAGACAAUAAAUGCUGUUCAAAUGGAUGCGGUCAAGUUUGCGUAUCACCUGAAUCAUACGAAAAUCGUCAACCGGAAUAUCCACCAACGCAGCCUGGACAAUAUCCAGAACCGCCGCAGGUGCCACAAGUUCCAGCACCAGUUCUUUUAGAAGAAAAGACCGAAGAAGAACUCAACGUUGUCCAGCCCGAAGGAGAUGUUGCAACUUUGCGUUGCUAUGCCACUGGUUAUCCAUUGCCAACCGUGUCUUGGAAGAAGGACUCAGUUGUUAUUAACACAAAUCAAGGCCGAUUUGUACUUACAUCGGGCGGUGACUUGCAGAUCGUUCAAGUUCAUAAAACGGAUAGCGGCACAUAUGUGUGCGUGGCUGAUAAUGGUAUUGGUGAUCCAGUUGAACGUGAAAUCAAAUUGGAAAUCGCCGAACCGGUGGCGACCGAAGCAUACAUUUUGGGUGAUACUAACUCAAGUAAAAUUGUGGAACUGAACAGACCAACACAAAUCCGUUGUUUGGCUGGUGGUUAUCCGAAACCAACCAUAACUUGGUGGCGCGGCACAAAUUUGUUGCCAUUAAAAUCGACACGUUUCGAAGUGAAUUACAAUUCAAUUGAUUUCAAUAGUGUUGCACUAUCCGAUUUGGGACCAUACAUCUGCCAAGCAUACUCGGGUCAAGGAAGACCCAUGAGCAUUUCCAUUACACUCUUGGCUGUCGGCCAAGCGACUGCAGAAAUGCCCGAAGACGAACAAUACUUACAAUAUAUUGUACCUGCACCGCCACAACAACAUAACAUAUAUAGACCAACAUCACCGGUAGAAACGGAACCAUCGGAGCCAAUUUCGGUGAACAUAGUACUACCAAGCGGUAAUACAUUUGUGGCUGGUAACGAUGUGAGCAUUCGAUGCGAUGUCAGAGGAUAUCCAAGACCGUAUGUAACAUGGACCAAAGACGGUGUUGACGUUCAUGAAUCACAACGAAUAAGAAUAUCUGAAGCAAACACGCUGACAAUCUAUGGUAUUACGACCGACGAUUCUGGUAGCUAUAAAUGUUCAGCUCAGAAUCGAUUCAGCUCUGCGUUCCAUGUAGAGCAAAUCAAUGUUGAAGGUGCCUACGUACCGGCCAAUUGCGUAGACAACGAAUUCUUCGCCAAUUGUAAACUUAUUGUUAAGGCUAAAUAUUGUGUACAUCAGUACUAUGCCAAAUUCUGUUGUAAAUCUUGUACACUUGCCGGUCAGCUGCAGUCAAAUUUUGAUACAAACCUCUUAAAUUAAAUAAAUAAGACUUUUUCCGAGGGAAUAAGAACAAUUAGACAAUAGUAAAGCAGAUUAACAAAUCGAAUUGUUAACGACAAAAAAAAAAAAACAGAACAAACAAACUUUAAAGCAAUAAGAAUGGAAAAUGAACCCAAAACUAAGUCAAUGGACAUCGAAUCCAUUGGCAAAACAUUUAGAAUGAACGAAUUAUUAUUAUAUAAAUAAGAAUUCUUCUCUUGAAACUAUGUUACCCGAUUUUGAAUAAAGUGCAUUAAAUCCGUUUUUAAUGACAUCGAAUAAUCACAAAUUUACAAGUAAUAAA